GGUCCCCGGGCAUGGAGCAUGGAGAGGGACCGGAGGCAAGCGCAGCGCCAGCAGCAUCUCUUCCACCUUCCUAGACACCUCCACGUCGCUACUCCAGAGCUGGAAGUCAGCCUUGCCACCAGCAGGCGGACUCACGUCCUUUCCUUUCCUCUUCCAAGAGCCACCCAUCUCCCGGCUGCGCUCCUCCAGCCCCUGCGGCCAGCGCUCGGCGGGCAUCAGCUCCCUGAGGCUGCCGCGCGGUGCAGCGUCGAGCAUCCUCGCCGAGUUCCUUUCUCCUCUCUGUCCGCCUUCCGCCCUCUCCAUCACACCUGCUGCCCCUCUUUGCCUCUCUUCCGCAGAAUCGUCAAGCCCCCAGCUCUCGCCGGCGCCUCUUUAGCAACCUCGCCCUUCCCAGCGCCCGCACAUUCCCAAGCGCCCGGUCUCCCCCGCUGCCAUGAGCUCCCCCAUCAGCAAGGGCCGCUCCCUUGCCGCCUUCCUACAGGAGCUGCGCAGCCUGGGGCAGCCCCCCAGACCCGUGACAUCUACGGCGUGCGCGCCCCGUCGACCGCGGGAGGUGCCCCUCUGCCCCAUGAUGGAACGGGGCGCGGCGCAAGACGCGGCCGCCCUGCCCGGUCCCACCAAGUGGCCACUGCUGGGCAGUCUGCUGGAGAUUCUCUGGAAAGGAGGGCUCAAGAAACAGCACGACACGCUGGCGGAGUACCACAAGAAAUAUGGCAAGAUUUUCCGCAUGAAGUUGGGUUCCUUCGACUCGGUGCACUUGGGCUCGCCGUGUCUGCUGGAAGCGCUCUACCGCACGGAGAGCGCGUACCCCCAGCGGCUGGAGAUCAAACCGUGGAAGGCCUAUCGCGACUAUCGCGAGGAGGGCUACGGACUGCUGAUCUUGGAAGGAGAAGACUGGCAGAGGGUCAGGAGUGCCUUUCAAAAGAAACUAAUGAAACCAGUGGAAAUUAUGAAGCUGGACAACAAAAUCAAUGAGGUCUUGGCUGAUUUUACAGGUAGAAUAGGUGAGCUCUGUGAUGAGAGAGGCUGCAUGGAAGACUUGUACAGCGAGCUGAACAAAUGGUCAUUUGAAAGCAUCUGCCUUGUGCUAUAUGAGAAGAGAUUUGGGCUCCUUCAGAAGAAUGCAGGCGAUGAAGCUUUGAAUUUCAUCAUGGCCAUCAAAACAAUGAUGAGCACAUUUGGGAGAAUGAUGGUCACGCCAGUCGAGCUGCACAAGAGCCUCAACACCAAGGUCUGGCAGGCACACACUCUGGCCUGGGACACCAUUUUCAAAUCGGUCAAAUCUUGUGUCGACAACCAGUUAGAGAAAUAUUCUGAGCAGCCCAGCAUGGAUUUCAUUUGUGAUAUUUAUCACCACAAUCAGCUUUCAAAGAAGGAAUUGUAUGCGGCUGUGACGGAGCUCCAGCUGGCUGCGGUGGAAACGACAGCAAACAGCUUAAUGUGGAUUCUCUACAAUUUAUCUCGUAAUCCCCACGUGCAACAAAAGCUUCUUAAGGAAAUUCAGAGUGUACUGCCUGAGAAUCAGAUGCCACGGGCAGAGGAUUUGAGGAAUAUGCCAUAUUUAAAAGCCUGUCUGAAAGAAUCUAUGCGGCUUACCCCGAGUGUGCCAUUUACAACUCGGACUCUUGACAAAGCAAUGGUUCUGGGGGAAUAUGCUUUACCCAAAGGAACAGUACUGAUGCUAAAUACCCAUGUGUUGGGGGCCAGUGAAGAAAAUUUUGAAGAUUCAAGUCAGUUUAGACCCGAACGAUGGCUUCAAGACAAGAAAAAGAUCAACCCUUUUGCCCAUCUUCCAUUUGGCAUUGGGAAAAGAAUGUGCAUUGGUCGCCGAUUAGCCGAGCUCCAGCUCCACUUGGCUCUCUGCUGGAUCGUCCGCAAAUAUGACAUCGUGGCCACGGACAAGGAGCCUGUGGAGAUGCUGCACUUGGGCAUCCUGGUACCCAGCCGGCAGCUCCCCAUCGCUUUCUACCAGAGAUAGGAGGCCUCAGAUUUUUUUUUUUUUUACCAAGACCACGAGCAGCAAUUUUUACCCUUUUGCAAGAAUGAGGCUUUGGGCUUCUGCAUGACAGGAAAGCAAACAUCAAAAACCUGAGCAUGAAUCAGCAUGUAAAGAACAUUUAGUCCCAGGUGUUUAUACUCCUUCUUCUGUACAAUUGUUCUAGAAGCUGUACUGUCUGUGUAGCUGAUGGUAUUUAUUAAGAUGGCAUCUGGCUCAGGGAAAGCAGAUUGUUGGAAUACCAGGCACUCUACAGGGUAUACCGCCUGCUUACACGUAACUUACACAUAACUGACAUCACACCAUCCUGACUUACACAGAAUUGCUCAUCAUCCUGUUUUCUCUUGUAUAGGGCAGUUGGGCACUUAUCCGUUGGUCAGGUAAAAGUCACUAAAUGUUUCUGUCCUAGCUUUACCAGAUUCACUGCUGGAAUCUUCACUUCUCAGAAGUUUACAUUUCACAAUGAGAGACCGACUAUAGCUAGAUUACUGGGGGCCCUGUGUAGUAUUGACGAUCCAUUUGUUGUAACUCCUUCUAAUAUAUUUGGGGAAAUACUGCUUAAUAAUAGAAGCAAAACUAAAUAUUAGUUAAAGUUAUCAGGUCCCUAUGAAGCUGUUUUUUUUUUUUCUUGUUUUGAAAUAGAAACAUUAUUGGAAAAUUAGAGAAAACGUCUAUGUUAAGAAGUACUUUAAUGAAGUCAAAACCUCCUGUCUAAGAAUGCCUUAAUGAUUUACUGUGGCAUCAUUGUGUUAAAGGAUCCUGAAAUUAUUUAAUUAUGGCAUUGGGUCUAUCUAAUGGCAAUUUGCUUACAUCAUUUAAAAAUAUAUAUAUGGUAUUUGAUUUAGAAGUUUAGGGCAAUGUUCUAAAGUUUAGUCAUGGCUUAAAAAUAUUCAGUGACUUUCCCUGCCUUAAUUUUCCCAGCUAUAGAUGGGUCAGUAGUAAAGUGUGCAUACAUUAUAGAUUAACUAGGUAAACCAUGUUAUGUGACUUGAACUCCUUGGGAAAAUAUGAUUUCAUAAAUGGAAAAGGCAUAUAGAUUUAAGCAAUACUUGUAAAAUUCUUAAAAAUUGUGUUUACAUAUAGUUUAUUUGCACAGGUUUUUACUACUACUUUUCCUAAAAGCAUACUAUAUGUUUCUGUAUAUUUGAUAAAGAUUUCCCUUUUUAGGUUACAUUUUUAGACUAUUUCAGAAGUGUACAUUUAUAUCUUUAUUUUGAACAAAUAUGUGCACAUCACCAAAAUAAAUAUAUGCUUUCUCACUGCUGUGAAAUUCUUUUUAGAAUUAUAAAUCCA